AUGGACGCGGAUGAGGACACUGUCAUGACGGGGGCUGAAGCUUCGACCCAGGCACCAGCUCGCCGGCCGUCAAGGUCGUUGACCAAUACCCCGGCUUCAGAAUCAAAUGUGAACGGAACUGCCAAAUCCAAGCGCGCAGAAUCGCUCCUGGCAUCGUUCCAGAGGACGGUCGUGGCGCCCGUCGAUCUCGUCAAGGAAAUCGAAGACCACCAGGCCGCCACAACUACCACCACCACCACCACCACCACCACCGCAGCUGUGCCAGCAACGGUCAAGAACCAAGCACCACCGAAGAGCGAGCCUGGAGCCAAACAAGACGAAGAAUACGCCUUCGACGACGACGACGAGGAAUCUGAUUCGUCGGAGACGGCGGCGGCGGCAGAGGCGGCGGACGAAGUGCCUCGUCUGCUGCCGCGGACCUCCCUGCCUUCCGGCGUGUGCUAUGACAUUCGCAUGCGCUAUCACUGCGAGGUCAAGCCGACGCUCGACGUGCACCCGGAGGAUCCGCGGCGGAUCUACUACAUCUACAAAGAGCUCUGCAAGGCGGGGCUGGUGGAUGACCCGGACGCCACGCGGCCGCUGGUGCCCCAGCCGCUGCUUCGGAUUCCCGCGCGGGAUGCCACGCACAAGGAGAUCUCGCUGAUCCAUGGACCGGGCCACUAUGAGUUUGUUCUCAGCACGAAAGAUAUGUCCGAGGACGAGCUGAUUGCGCUGGAGAGCACGAGAGAUUCGAUCUAUUUUAAUACUCUCACGUUUACGUCGGCGAUCCUGGCGUGCGGCGGUGCCAUUGAGACGUGCAAGGCCGUCGUUUCGGGGCGGGUUAAGAACGCCGUUGCCGUCAUUCGGCCCCCCGGGCACCAUGCGGAAAGCUGCCAGGCCAUGGGGUUUUGUUUAUUCAACAAUGUCUGUGUCGCUGCUCGGGUGUGCCAGAAGACCUUUGGUGAUAGAUGCCGAAAGAUCAUGAUUUUAGACUGGGAUGUACACCACGGGAACGGCGUCCAGAAUGCCUUCUAUGACGACCCAAAUGUACUGUACAUCUCACUUCACGUUUACAAGGAUGGGACUUUCUAUCCAGGAGGCGAACAAGGCAAUUGGGACCAUUGUGGCGAGGGCGAUGGGUUGGGAAAGAACAUCAAUAUUCCCUGGCCAGGACAAGGCAUGGGAGACGGCGACUAUCUCUAUGCCUUCCAAGAGGUCAUUAUGCCGAUUGGCUACGAGUUCAAUCCCGAUCUUGUCAUCGUUUCCGCUGGCUUCGAUGCUGCUGCCGGCGACGAACUCGGCGGUUGCUUUGUGACUCCUCCGUGCUACGCCCACAUGACGUCGAUGUUGAUGAGCCUCGCAGAUGGCAAAGUCGCAGUCUGUUUGGAAGGAGGCUACAACUUCCGGUCGAUCUCGAAAUCGGCACUGGCGGUAACUCGGACGUUGAUGGGCGAGCCGCCGGACAGGCUGAUCGGCGUUGCGGCGUCAAACGCCGGGGUCUCCACGGUUCGCAGCGUGGCCAUGCUCCAGGCCAAGUACUGGCAGUGCAUGUAUCCAAAAGGUAGGGCCGAAGGAGAUGUUCUGGGGAAAUCGGGUUCAUGCGGUGCCCGGGCAGAUAUCAUCCGGCAGUACCAAGCGAAGCAGCUGUACGAUGAGCAUAAGCUCACGAACCUUUACAUCUAUCGAGCUUCGAUUUCCAAGUCCUUUGAGAACCAGGUUCUUGCAAGCCCUAACUAUGACGCGUCUGUCCCCCUUCUCGUUAUCUUUCAUGACCCGCCGGAGCUCAUGGGGAUCCCGGACCCGAUCACCAACGAGCUGGAAGCUCAUAAUUGCUGGCUGGCUGAUGUGGUGAAGGACUAUAUCGAGUGGGCGGUGAAGAAAGGCAUGGCGGUGAUCGAUGUGAACGUGCCGAAACACAUCACCCGCAGCGACGUCGCGACGACGGACAAAUACGAGGGCGAGGACCGGAAUCGUGGGCAGCUGAGCGAGGAGCUGGCGGUCUACCUCUGGGAGAAUUAUAUCGAGCCGAACGAAGCGACCAACAUCUUCUUCAUGGGCGUGGGCGAUGCGUUCAUGGGGCUGGCCAACCUGCUGGCGAACAAGGAUCGCGUGUACCCGCGCAUCGACGGGGUGGUGUGCUUCGUGGCGGAGAACGCGGUGCGGGCGGUGUCGAGCCACACGAACCCGUGGCUGUCGAAGUGGUAUAAGGAGAACUCGCGGGUGUACGUGUCGCAGCACCACAGCGUGUUCAAGAUGGCGGACAGCAGCAAGCGGCCGUCGAAGCGGUACGGGCGCAUCCUGCGGUCGGCGCGGCGCACGCUCAACGAGAUGCUGCUGGAGCACAUGGGCGACGUGACGCGGUGGCUGGAGGGCAUGAUUGACGAGGAGACGGCGGAGGAGUAG